AUGGUAGAUAUGGAAGCGGCUGCUCACACGUCCUCCCUUUGUUCAGUUCCCGCAGACUACGGCAAACGAGUGUAUCAAGGCGUGCGGGUGAAGCACACAGUCAAGGACCUGCUGGCUGAAAAGCGUUCAAGACAGACAAGCAGCUCACGGUUUAAUGGCAAUGUCGCCAGUACUCAGCAGUCAUUUGUCCCAUUAUCAGGUUCUCCUGCCGUCUCCAGCUACUAUGGCGUUCGGCGGUCCUUAAUGGCAGACAUGGAUUUACAAAGCAAUAAGCAGGUCUCUAGCGAGGCCUACCCCUCCUCCCUCCUAGCGAAGUCUUUUGCCUAUGAACUCCCUGCGAUCCAAGGGUACUCUUCGCUCAUGGACUCCUAUCUCAUCGACCAAUACAGCGAACACCCUGCUGCCUCCGUCACCUCUGGCGCCUCGUCUCUCUUCAGUGUCUCAUCGCUACCGUCAGUCCUCCCAUCUUUCCCAAGCGACCCGGCACACUUUUUAACGAGAGACUCGUGGGAACAAGCUGUGCCCGACAGCCUCAGCCAAUCGGACGCCUGUCCCGACUCUCUGCAAGCCUCUCCUGCGGCUAACUGCCUCACUCCUCACGAGCCGGGAGGGCCGCCCUCCCAGUACAGGAAUCCCAGCUGGAGUUCGCCCCUCUCGGGAAGCCAGUCCUACUCCCUGCAUGCUCUCGAAGACGCCCACUACGCAGCCGGAUACUCCCCUGCCUCCCCCUACCCCUUCUCUUCCUUUAUGACCGUGCCCAACGACCUGACUCCCAAGAUGCUACACAGCUCUUCGGAGGAGUCAGCAGACACCGCCCCGCUCCAUGACAGCAACUCUCUCUGGCCAAAGGAAGACAGGAGCCCCCUUUGGGGAUCGUACGAAUGCCGGAGGACUUACUAAGCCAA